AUGCCUUGCCUUGUUUUGGCAAAAGUAGAAACCUUCAAUCCGGGCAACUCGGUGAAGGAUCGCAUGGCGCUCAAAAUGGUGGAAGUGGCAGAAAAGGAGGGCAAACUCAAGCCGGGAGGCACUAUUAUAGAGGGAACGAGUGGCAAUACCGGUAUGGGACUGGCUUUGGCAGCUGUGGUAAAGGGUUACAAAUGCGUGUUUGUAACGACCGAUAAGCAAAGUAAAGAGAAGGCAGAUAUUUUGCGGGCCGUAGGUGGAGAGGUGAUUGUGUGCCCUACGAAUGUAUUGCCUGAAGACCCGCGUAGUUACUACUCAGUGGCUGCGCGCUUGGCGAAAGAGAUUCCAAAUAGUUUUCAUUGCAAUCAAUACGACAACCUGGCGAAUCGUCAGGCGCAUUAUGAGAGCACCGGACCUGAAAUUUGGAAGCAAACUAAGGGGAAAAUCACGCAUUUUGUGUGCACUGCAGGCACUGGAGGCACUGUGACUGGUACGGCUAAGUAUCUCAAGGAGAAGAAUCCGGAUAUACAGAUAUGGGCGAUUGAUGUGUAUGGUAGCUUGCUGACGAAGUAUUUCCGCACGGGAGAGAUUGAUAUGAAUGAGGUGCAUCCGUACUUUAGUGAGGGUUUUGGGGAGGAUUUUGUGCCCAAGAACUUCGAUAUGAGUGUGAUAGACCAUUUUGAGCAAGUAACAGACAAGGAUGGUGCGGUGAUGGCGCGCCGAAUAGCCAAGGAAGAAGGCAUUUUUUGUGGUUAUAGCGCUGGCAGUUGUCUGCAGGGCUUGCACCAGCUGAAGAGCCGCCUCAAGCCAACUGAUGUGGUGGUGUGCUUGUUUCACGAUCAUGGGAGUCGCUACAUCGCUAAGCUGUACAACAACGAGUGGAUGCGCGAACGCGGAUUUUUGGAGACCGAAUUGAGCAUUGGGGAUCUUAUUUCUAAGAAAAAAGAUAAAAGUUUUAUUUCUUUGAAUGUUGAUAAUACCGUGAGGGAAGCUUUUAAUAUGAUGAAAGAUAAAGAUAUCAGCCAAUUGCCUGUGAUGGAUGGGAAUAAAAUUGUGGGCUCUAUCACGGAAACCAAUGUUUUGCAUUUUUUGCUCGAAAAUCCUUUGAAAAAUAGUGAAACUGCUUUGAAAAAUAUUAUGGAUAAGCCAUUUCCGGAGGUAGAUCCAAGCGAGCCUGUGAGCAAACUAAGCAAAUACAUUAGUAAAGAUAUCCCGGCGGUGAUUGUUACAGACAUCAGUGGUUGCGUACAUGUCAUUACCAAUUAUGACCUGAUACAGGCAAUGUAG